CACAUUUUCUCAUUCUUGUCAGCAAAAAACAGUGAGACGGUCGUACAAACUCUGGAAUUUUCUUGUGAAAAGUGUUGAAAUUAUUAAUUAAAUUAAACUACAAACCAUAAUAAAAAGAACAAUAACCAUUUUAUAAUGGCUUCCAUUAGUUUGUUGAAUCCAAAAGCUGAAUUUGCUAGGGCUGCGCAGGCUUUGGCCAUUAACAUUUCUGCUGCCAAGGGUUUGCAAGAUGUUAUGCGUACCAAUUUGGGACCCAAAGGAACAAUGAAAAUGUUGGUUUCUGGCGCUGGCGAUAUUAAAAUCACUAAGGACGGUAAUGUUUUGUUGCAUGAAAUGCAAAUUCAACAUCCUACCGCUUCUAUGAUUGCUCGUGCUAGUACCGCUCAAGAUGAUUCGACUGGUGAUGGUACAACUUCCACUGUCCUCCUGAUUGGUGAACUUCUCAAGCAAGCCGAUAUCUUUUUGGCUGAAGGUUUACAUCCACGCAUUGUUACCGAAGGUUUUGAGAAGGCUCGCGAACAAGCUUUAGCUGUUUUGGAAACUAUGAAGGUACCCAUCGCUGCUGAUAAGAAAAGUUUAUCUGAGGUAGCCAAUACCAGUUUGAAGACUAAAGUUCAUGCUGCUUUGGCUGAUCUUCUAACUGAUGUUUGUGUCGAUGCUGUUUUGGCCAUACGCAAAGAUGAUAAACCAGCUGAUUUGCAUAUGAUUGAAAUUAUGGAAAUGCAACAUAAAACCUCUACCGAUACUUCCUUGAUCAAGGGUUUGGUUAUGGAUCAUGGUGCUAGACAUCCUGAUAUGCCUAAGCGUUUGGAAAAUGCUUACAUUUUAACUUGCAACGUCUCCUUGGAAUAUGAAAAGUCUGAGGUUAACUCUGGUUUCUUCUACAAGACCGCCGAAGAACGUGAGAAGUUUGUUAAGGCUGAACGUGAUUUCAUUGAUCAGAGAGUAAAGAAAAUCAUUGAAUUGAAACGUAAAGUUUGUGAUGGCACUGAAAAAUCCUUUGUGGUCAUUAACCAAAAGGGUAUUGAUCCCAUGUCUUUGGAUGCUUUGGCUAAGGAAGGUAUUAUGGCUUUGCGUCGUGCUAAGCGCCGUAAUAUGGAACGAUUGGCUUUGGCUUGUGGUGGCACAGCCAUGAACUCUUUCGAUGAUUUGGAAGAAUCUCAUUUGGGUUAUGCUGGUUUAGUCUAUGAGCAUACAUUGGGCGAAAACAAAUAUACUUUUGUUGAGGAAUGCAAAAAUCCCCAAUCUGUGACCAUACUCAUCAAGGGUCCCAACAAACACACUAUUGUACAAAUCAAGGAUGCCAUCAGAGAUGGUUUAAGAGCUAUCAACAAUGCCAUUAACGAUAAGGCUGUUAUUCCUGGUGCUGCUGCCUUUGAGGUUAGGGCCUUCAAUCAAUUGAUGAAAUACAAAGAUACCGUUAAGGGUAAGGUACGUUUGGGUAUACAAGCUUUUGCUGAAGCCUUAUUGGUUAUACCCAAAAAUUUGGCCAUUAACAGUGGCUACGAUGCUCAAGAUACAAUUGUUAAGUUGACUGAAGAAGAUCGUCUUAAUCCCGAUCCUGUGGGUUUGGAUUUAUCUACUGGUGAAGCUAUGAAACCUGCCGAUUUAGGUGUCUACGAUAAUUACAACGUUAAGAAACAAAUUUUGAAUUCCUGUUCGGUUAUUGCCAGCAAUCUAUUGCUGGUCGAUGAAGUUAUGCGUGCUGGCAUGACCAGUCUUAAGGGUUAGUUUGUUUUCCCUUUAAAGGAAAAACUUCUAAAAGUAUUUAAUGGAAAUAAAAACACACCCGCUUAUCUAACAUUUUUUCUACUCUA